CCCCAAACAGCCCAAUUGCCAUCUGUAGACAUACGGGACAAACAUGUAAUUUCAAUAUAUGAACCCUACCUUCCUCAGAGAAUUUUCGUUUUCUGUAUCGCUUUGAAUCGAAAUCGAAGUUUGGAAAGAGUUAAUAGUGAUGAUGGAGGACGACGAAGAAGGCCCACCACUCGCUGUUGAAAUCGACGACCAUUACUUAUCACGACCGACUGAUCAACGGCACCAAAACGCCGAAGCUUCAUCGGUCGGCGUAACCGUCAUCACAGGCUAUCUCGGUGCCGGCAAAUCCACUCUUGUUAAUUAUAUACUGAAUUCACAACACGGAAAGAGGAUAGCUGUUAUAUUGAAUGAGUUUGGUGAGGAGAUUGGAGUUGAAAGGGCAAUGAUCAACGACGGCGAAGGAGGCGCUCUAGUCGAAGAAUGGGUUGAGCUUGCAAAUGGGUGCAUUUGUUGCACUGUGAAGCACAGUCUGGUUCAAGCGUUGGAGCAACUUGUCCAGAGAAAGGAAAGGCUUGAUCAUAUAUUGUUGGAGACCACGGGGUUGGCCAAUCCUGCGCCUCUAGCAUCUGUUCUUUGGUUGGAUGAUCAGCUAGAAGCACAAGUCAAGCUCGACUCUAUUAUUACUGUUGUGGAUGCAAAAAACCUCCGUCACCAGCUCCAGGGACAUCAUGAUUCGUCUUCAUUUCCUGAAGCAUUUUCACAAAUAGCAUUUGCAGAUGUUGUGAUUCUUAACAAGGUUGAUCUGGUAUCUCCAGAGGAUUCCGGAAGUGUUCUGGAGGAAUUGGAGAAAGACAUACAUAAAAUCAAUUCCCUAGUUAAUAUCAUUCGUUCCGUACGGUGUCAAGUUGACUUGUUGAAAAUACUAAACUGUCGGGCCUAUGAUGCUUCACAUGCCACUCAUUUGGAAGCAUUGUUGGAAGAAAAUAAAUCUCUAACUACAAAAGAUUUUCAUGAUAGUGGUGUGCGAACCUUAUGCAUUUGUGAGCCACGUCAGGUCGAUCUUGAUAAGGUUCGUUUGUGGAUUGAGGAGAUUCUCUGGGAUAAAAAAUAUAGCAUGGAUGUCUAUCGCUGCAAAGGGGUUCUAAAUGUCUCAAACUCAGAUCAGCUUCAUACUCUACAGGCUGUGCGAGAGAUAUAUGAGAUUGUUCCAACACGGAAAUGGAGGACAGAAGAAAAUCAAAUGAACAAGAUAGUGUUCAUAGGUCAAUCGCUAAAUGAGGAAAUCCUCAUCGAUUCCUUCAGAGGUUGCGUGAUAACUUGUUAAAUUGUGUUCUUUACAAACUUAUGCUGAACAUCACAGCUUUAAUUAAUCAAAGAUGUGUUGCACGUGGUGGUUUCAUAUCACGGGGCAAAAUCCAUAACCAUGCUGAUCCUUGAUUUGGUUGCCAUCGUAGUCUUCUAUCAACAAAAACGACCGGAUAAGGUUGAAUAGUUUUGGUUAAAAUACAAGAAUUUCGAAUAUGCAAGUCUAUGUUUUAGUGGGAAGAAGAUUAUAAGAAAAAAUGGCGCCAUUUAUUUGUUCAAUUUGUUUGUUUUGAAAUGUACACUGGGAUAGAAAUGUAAUAUGACUUCAGAUGGAAA